AUGGCCGACCUCCUGAUUUGUGCCGUUUGCCUCGAAGAAGUUUUGCCAGAAGAGCGCAGAUCUCGAGCCACCGGCUGUGUGCACGUGUUCCACUGGGAAUGCAUUCGGAAAUGGUUCCGAGUCAAAGCGGCUUGCCCGGUAUGCAAUAAAUCAUUGCUGGAAGAGGGAAUCUUUGAGGUGGAUCCAGUCUCGGGAAAGUCCUUCUACCACAGGAUCCGGCCUGAGGGUGUGCGUGGCUCGCUCCACUCAGCGGCAGCUGCUGGAAAUGUUGCAGACAUCCAGCGGCUGAUUGCCGGUGGUGCCAGUGUGAACCGAUCGACCUUGGGAGGUGUAGCACCUUUGCACAUGGCUGCGCACAAUGGUCAUGCCGAGGCCAUAGCCAGGUUGCUUUCAGCACGUGCAGGGGUGAAUCAGUUGGCGCCUGGUGGAACUACGGCUUUGUACAUAGCAGCCCAGGGACAACAUGCAGAUGCUGUUGCACGACUUCUCGCUGGUGGUGCGGCGGUGAAUUUGGCAGUUGAAGGUGGUGGCACUGCGCUUCACGUGGCAGCCCAAAAUGGGCAUACAGAAGUCGUAGCGUGGCUCUUGGCGGGGAACGCUGAGGUGGAUGCUCUCAUGGAGGGUGGUAUUACCGCACUCUUCCUUGCGGCUCAAAGUGGCCAUAUCGAUGUGAUUGUUCGCCUGCUAGCACAAGGUGCAUCCGUGAAUAUUGCUGCAGGAAAUGGGGCUACAGCCCUUCACUACGCUGCCCUACAUGGACACGCAGAAUCUGUAGCUCGCUUGCUGGUUGCCCGAGCAGAUGUCAAUGAGACAACCCGGAGUGGCGGUACGGCUCUGCAUGUAGCUGCUCAAGGUGGGCACACAGAGGCUGUCGCUUGGCUCCUGGCUGGCCGUGCUGAUGUUCAUAAGGAGAUGUUGGGAGGCUCCACAGCGCUGUACAUGGCUUCAGUGGGAGGUCACUCUGAAGUCAUAGCCUGGCUACUGGCCAAGCAGGCACACGUGGAAACCUCGGGCGCAAAUGUCGAAAGGCACUGCCCUUUGUAUGCGGCUGUGCGGGGUGGCCAUGCAGAAGCGGUCAGCAGACUCCUUGCAGGUGGGGCAAACCCAAACUACAACAAGCGAGGGCCGACACCGCUCCGAUCAGCAGUUCUACAUGGCCAUACUGAGGUGAUUGGGCGCUUGCUCAGUGGCGGAGCAGCUGUGAAUGCAGAUGAUGUUUGGGCUGCCUUGCUACUUGGGAACUUGCGUGGUGCAAGACGCCUCGCCAAGGCAACAGGGUAUUCCUGGGCAGUAGUUCGUCGUGGUUGCUGGCUGGUCACAGGAGUGAUGGGGGCAUGCACCCUGACGUACAUGCUGUCGGGUGCAAUCCUGCAGCGGGCACUGGCUGAGCUAAUUCUGAUUGAAGGUGUGAAGCCCCUCUGUGCCACAGUCAAUGCCUGUGAGAACGCCAACCGGUGGCUGUGGGCUGUGAGAUUGUUGUCUCGUAUGCAUCCUGCAGGCCUACAAGUUGGCUUGGUCACCUGUAGUGCAGCAAUCAGUGCAUGUGAGAAGUGCGGGCUGUGGGAUGGUGCCGCCAAUCUCUUGUCGCACAUGUUCCUGUCGCAGGUUCAGCCGAGCGUUACUACCUUCAAUGCAGUCAUCACGGCGAGUGAGCGAUUAAGCCAUUGGCUUCCUGCACUUGGCCUACUAUCAGCAAUGCUGGCAAGGUCACUGUCAGCUGAUUUGAUAUCCAUAAACUCUGCCCUCAUUGCCUGCGAAAGACAGCGUCAACCAGCAGCUGUCAAGGUGCUUGACAGCCUUUCCUCUGAGUUGUGGUGCUUCCUGACUCAGACUGCGCAGAAACAUCGACAAAAGAAGCGGAGCAUGUACGAACUGAGACUCCAACAGACGUCAACCCACAGGUCUUUGAAUGCCAUAUGGGUGGUUGAUGCUGUGCUAGGGCAGCCAGAAGACCUUCCUCAACUUGCAGAUGUUGAACGAGUUCACCCCAAGGUCAUUCGAAUACUUGGGCAAAACCCUGGCCAACUCACUUUGCAAGGCACCAACACGUAUUUGGUUGGUGACGGGGCAGAGCGCAUCCUGAUCGAUACCUCAGAUGGCAACUCUUCCUGGUGGUCGCUUGUUGAGCAAGUAUUGCUGGAAGAGGGUGCGGCAAUUACUCAGGUCGUCCUCACACACGGACACUACGAUCAUGUGGGUGGCCUGCCACUUGUGCGAUCAGCUUUUCCGAAGGCACAAGUCUGGAAGUGGCUACCUUGCGUUUUGGGUGACCAAGAUUGUGAACAAUUCUCUCCUGGCAGUUUGGCACAAGCUUUUUCGGCUGGACGAAGGAAGCACAGCUGCGGUUGUGAUGGCCAGGUGCCUGAAGAUUGCCAGACCUUAUUCGAUGGCCAGGAGUUGCCAGUGGGGGACUCCAUACUGCGGGUGCUGUUCACGCCAGGACACAGUGUGGACAGCGUUAGCCUCCUGCUUGAGGAGGCCAGCCAAGUUGAGGCAAUCUUCACAGGGGAUUCUGUUCUUGGUGGCCGCACGGCCAGAUUCAGCACCCUGGUUGAGUACAACAAAUCCUUGGGACGACUCUUGAGGCUUGCCAUGGAUUCUCGCCAUGUCAUUCUUCUGCCAGGCCACGGGGAUGUGGUUGACUCUGAUUCCAAAGAGUACUUGCAGUCCAUUUUGCGGAUGCAAACCACCAGGGAGAAGGCUAUUUUGCGGACCUUGCAGGUUGCACCUGGCACAGCUGGAGACCUUUGCAUGAAUCUGUAUGGCAGUGGUACCGCAGCCAUGAUGGCGCAAGAUUUGGUGGAACAGCAUUUGGAGGACAUGGUGGGAAACUGCAAAGGUGGUUCCUCCACUAGCAUGAGCACCAUGAGAGACGAAGGAGCGCACAGCGAAGCCAAGUCCAGGACAUAG